AUGUACGGUAACCGACUCUCCCGCGAGUUCACUACGGGUUUGAAAGAUUUCCUCGUAGUGGCUAAUGCGAACAAGCAGAAGGGUUUUGUUAUCUGUCCAUGUGUUGACUGUAAGAAUCAGAAGGGUUACUCUUCCUCAAGAGAAGUUCACCUGCACCUGCUUCGGCACGGUUUCAUGCCAAGCUAUAAUUGUUGGACCAAGCAUGGAGAAAGAGGGGUUAUAAUGGAAGAAGAUGAAGAAGGGGAUGAUUUCAUCGAUGAAAGCUAUCUUGCUCAUUUCGGUGAUACUUUCAUGGAGGAUGCUGAAGGUGAAGGGGAAGGUGAAGGUGAAGAAGAGGCACGUGAUGAGACCGUUGAUGAUCUUGGUCGGACCAUUGCUGAUGCACGGAGACGCUGCGAAACUGAAAAGGAGAGGGAGAAUUUGGAUCGCAUGUUAAAGGAUCACAGAAAGUCGUUGUACCCCGGAUGCGAUGAUGGUCUGAAAAAGCUGGGCUGCACACUGGAUUUGCUGAAAUGGAAGGCACAGGCAGGUGUAGCUGACUCGGCAUUUGAAAACUUGCUGAAAAUGUUGAAGAAUAUGUUUCCAAAGAAUAACGAGUUGCCCGCCAGUACGUACGAAGCAAAGAAGGUUGUCUGCCCUCUAGGUUUAGAGGUUCUGAAGAUACAUGCAUGCAUCAACGACUGCAUCCUCUACCGCGGUGAAUACGAGAAUUUGAAUGAAUGCCCGGUAUGCACUGCAUUGCGUUAUAAGAUCAGAGGCGAUGACCCUGGUGACGAUGUUGAGGGCGAGAAACCCAGGAAGAGGGUUCCCGCCAAGGUGAUGUGGUAUGCUCCUAUAAUACCACGGUUGAAACGUCUGUUCAGGAACAAAGAGCAUGCCAAGUUGUUGCGAUGGCACAAAGAGGACCGUAAGUCGGACGGGGAGUUGAGACACACCGCAGAUGGAACGCAAUGGAGAAAGAUCAACAGAGAGUUCAAAGAUUUUGCAGCUGACGCAAGGAACAUAAGAUUUGGUCUAAGUACAGAUGGCAUGAAUCCUUUUGGUCCGAAGCAACCCGGCAACGACAUCGAUGUGUACCUAAGGCCAUUAGUUGAUGAACUUUUACAGCUGUGGGGCAGACCUGGUGUCCGUGUGUGGGAUGAGCACAAAGAAGAGGAAUUUGACCUACGAGCGUUGCUUUUCGUAACCAUCAACGAUUGGCCUGCUCUUAGUAACCUUUCGGGACUGUCAAAUAAGGGAUACAAUGCAUGCACGCACUGCUUACAUGAGACUGAAAGUGUACAUUUGCCAAAUUGUAAGAAGAACGUGUACCUUGGGCAUCGUCGAUUUCUUCCGAAAAUUCAUCCAAUAAGAAAGAAAGGCAAGCAUUACAACGGCAAGGCAGAUCACCGGCCGAAGCCUGCGGAAUGCACUGGUGCUGAGGUAUUUGAUAUGGUCAAGGAUUUGAAAGUCAUCUUUGGAAAGGGUCCUGGCGGACAAUCAGUUCCGAAGGGAGCUGACGGGCACGCAGCCAUGUGGAAGAAGAAAUCUAUAUUCUGGGAGCUAGAAUAUUGGAAAGUCCUAGAACAACGUUUGAAAGACCCUGAUGACCGGCAUCCGGAAUGGUUUCAAGGUCGUGCCAGCUACGCUGUGACCAAAGAAGAGAAGGUCAUCUUUUUUGAAUGCCUGAGCAGUAUGAAGGUCCCGUCUGGAUUCUUGUCCAAUAUAAAGGGAAUAAUAAACAUGGCGGAGAAAAAGUUCCAAAACCUAAAGUCUCACGACUGCCACGUGAUUAUGACGCAAUUGCUUCCGAUUGCUUUGAGGGGGCUCCUGCCGGAAAAUGUUCGAGUAGCCAUUGUGAAGCUAUGUGCAUUCCUCAAUGCAAUCUCUCAGAAGGUAAUCAAUCCAGAAGUUCUACCACAGUUACAGAACGAUGUGAUCCAAUGUCUUGUCAGUUUCGAGUUGGUGUUCCCGCCAUCCUUCUUCAAUAUUAUGACGCACCUCUUGGUUCACCUAGUCGAAGAGAUUUUCAUUCUCGGUCCUAUAUUUCUACACAAUAUGUUCCCCUUCGAGAGGUUCAUGGGAGUAUUAAAGAAAUAUGUUCGUAACCGUGCUAGGCCAGAAGGAAGCAUCGCCAAGGGCUAUGGAAAUGAGGAGGUAAUUGAGUUUUGUGUUGACUUUGUUCCUGACCUUAAGCCGAUUGGUCUUCCUCGAUCGCGGCACGAGGGGAGACUAAGUGGAAAAGGCACGAUCGGAAGGAAAUCAUCGAUAUGUAUGGACGGCCAUUCUCUGACUGAAGCACACCACAAUGUACUGACCAAUUCCAGCUUGGUGGCUCCGUACUUUGAGAAACACAAGAAUGUUUUACGCUCACCAUCUUCGACUAUAACGACUUUCCAAGGGUACGAGAUAAAUGGGAAUACAUUUUACACGAUCGCCCAAGAUAAAAAGAGCACCAACCAAAACAGUGGUGUCCGCUUUGAUGCAGCAACCGAGAAUGGGCAAAAGGUCACAUAUUAUGGUUACAUAGAGGAGAUAUGGGAACUUGACUAUGGACCCUCCUUUAAGGUCCCUUUGUUCCGGUGCAAAUGGUUCAAGCUAACAGGAGGUGGGGUAAAGGUGGACCAGCAAUACGGAAUGACAAUGGUGGAUUUCAACAAUCUUGGUUACCUUGACGAACCAUUCGUCCUAGCGAAAGAUGUCGCUCAGGUUUUCUAUGUGAAGGACAUGAGUAGCAAACCGAGGAAACGGAAAGAUAAGAAAACGAUCAGUACAUCAUGCGAUGAUCCAAAGCGCCACAUUGUUCUUUCAGGGAAAAGAAACAUCGUGGGAGUGGAGGACAAGACAGACAUGUCAGAAGAUUAUAAUAUGUUUGCUGAAAUUCCGCCCUUCAAAGUGAACACCGACCCAAGCAUUAAGUUAAAUGAUGAGGAUGCUCCAUGG